GUGAAAGUGAAAGUAAAGUGUGAAACUCCACCACCCUUUUCCUCCGUUAUUUCUGGAACAGACGUCGUGUUACAUUCUGUUCGUUGACAAAUUAGUCUUUCAACUGUUUUGGUUUAUUUUAAUAAACUCCUAAUAGUUUUAUUCACCAGUUACAAACAGCUUUACCUUGGAGUCAGACUUGUUUUGUUAGUGAAAUGAAGACCUUUCCGACCUCGGCGGUCUGGUGUUUUGGGAUUCUGUUCAUCAGUGUUUUAUUGAAAACGACAGGGUCGUCUGAGGUUCAGGUUGUUGGACCGGCUGACACAGUCGUUGCCUUAGCUGGUGAUGACGUCAUUCUACCAUGUUCCCUGAAACCCAGUGUCAGUGCUGAGGACAUGGUAGUGAAGUGGACAGGAUUGGACCUGAAAACGAAAAACGUCCAUCUUUACCGUGACGGUCGAGACUCCAACAAGGAUCAGUCUCCAUCCUACAGGGGAAGAACAUCAUUGUUUCAAGAAGAACUGAAGAACGGCAUUGUCUCCUUAAAGCUGACCAGAGUUACUCUCUCUGAUGCUGGAAGCUACAAGUGCUUCAUUCCAACACUGACCAGCCAGGUGAAGGAAACCACCGUUCAACUCUUUGUUGGUGUUGUGUCUCAGCCAGUGAUCUCUAUUAUUGGAACCAAAGACUGGGGGGUGGUCCUGAAGUGUGAGUCUGGAGGCUGGCUUCCUGAACCUAAGAUGGAGUGGCUGGACAGUUCUGGAACCAUCCUCCCUGCUGAUGGACCUCCAGAGAGACACAGGGACUCAGAGGGCCGCUACGCUGUGAGACGACAUGUCACCGUGAACAAGACUGACACCAACAGGUUCACCUGUAGAGUUAAUCAGACGGAGAUCAACCACCUGAAGGAGACAGAGAUUCAUGUCCCAGGUGAAGUCUUCAUUGGUUAA